AACAUCAUAAUAUUUUCAUGCCAAAAACAUAGGGGAGAAAAACUAAGUGUAAAAGUGGAUCCAAGAAGGCAUGGAAAGCUGCCACUAUCUUCACAAACAUCAGAGACUAAAGAGAAGCAAGAGUAUGCAUUAGGAGAUAAUACUAAUGAGUUUGAUGAUGCAUUUAACUUUGCAUCUAAUUCUAAUUGGUAUUCAAACACUGAUUUGUCUACUAUGGUUUCUGGUCUCUCUCAAGUCAUUGGAACUUCUAAUAAUAAUAUUAAUCCACACAUGGCACAACCAACUUCAAGUACUAUUCUCAAUAAAGAAUCUCAACCUCUUGUAGAUCAAGAAGCAAAAAAGAAACCUCACUAUAGAGGAGUGAGACAAAGACCAUGGGGAAAAUGGGCAGCAGAAAUUCGUGAUCCAAUAAAAGCAGCUAGGGUUUGGCUAGGAACAUUUGAUACAGCUGAAGAUGCAGCUCUUGCUUAUGACAAAGCAGCACUUAAAUUCAAAGGAACAAAAGCUAAACUUAAUUUCCCCGAAAGAGUUGUUCAAUGCAACAACAACAAUAAUUCUAGUAGUGGUUCUGUUGUUGAUCAACAAGUUUUUCCGAAUCUGUUUCAGUAUGCUCAGAUUCUCUCUAGUGAUGCUGAGUUUCCUUAUUAUGCAUCUCAUCUUUUCAAUCAAGAUCAACAACAAGGAGAUGGUGUUCAUCAUCCACCUGGUCAGUAGAGUCUACGCCGUCGGCGGAUAUCGGUGGUUAUUCGAUCAAGAUCAAUGGUCUAUGUCAAUUUUGCUCUUGAAACUAGAGUUGUGGAUUUAUGUCUUGUAAAAGGGGUUAUUGAAUAUCCAAAAUAGUUUCAAAUUUGAACUUAUGAGUGUAUUGCAAUUUAGCUACAUUUUUCACGUUGUCAAACGUGCAUUAAAGGUAAGAUGGAACCAAUUUCUGUUUA